AAUGUUAUAUAACAAACGGUUUCUUAAAUAUAUUUCUUAUAUAAACAAAAAUAAUUGUGAUGCGCGUUUUCCAAAAUAUAUUUCAUCUAAUGCUCGUUGAAUUAAUAUUUUGCAGAUAUUGCAAUUCAACAGUCUGGUACAUUAUUCAAUAUUGAUUCAAUAUUUGUUCAAUGUAUAUUAUGCAAUAUAGAUUUCAUAUAUAUAUGUUAUACAGAAUCGAUAUGAAUAAUUGUGACAGUAAAAUGAGCGAUUGUGACAUUGCGAUGUAUCUAAAUUAAAAAUAAAAUUGUAAUUAUUUUUAUUAAACACAUAAUAAAUAAAUAAUUUUAUAACUAAAAAAGAACAAGAAAAUUUCCUGGUGUUGUAGAAAUACAUAAGUCGUCUUCGAAAAAGAGGACAUCAGAAAUUUGGCUAUUGUAGCAGACUCUCGUUAUUUUAACUUCGAGAGUUGAUCGCAAAAUAUACAAUAAGAUAUAUUAUAUAAUAUAAUAAAAAAAAAGAAAAAUUUGCUGGUUUUUCUAGCUCAUUAUUUUAAACUGCUAUUUAGAAAUAUUCAAAUUAUUCUCAAGAGCAAAUUCGAACAAAACGCGGAUCAACAAAGGUUUUCAACAACUCAUUAUUAUUAUUAUCGUUACUACAUGCAUUUUGGCUUGGAAAAGAAUCUACAAUAAUGAAAUGGCGUGUGUGUUUAAGAAGAAAAAAAGGAAACGAAAUGAGUAUCUUACGAAAACAUCGCAAAAAAUUUACGCACGCAUUGUUCGCCCUUGUUGCACAAUGCCAUUCAUCAAUGGAAAGCCCACAUCACCUCCAUCUGUAUACUCGUCAGACAAGAAGUAAAAGGGCUAUCUCACAAGGAGUCUUAUAUCAGUUACAAGACGCGAUUAGAUAAAGCUAUAUGACAGAGACUUCGAGUGGCACGCACGUUUCGGGGCAUCAAAUUUUCGUGCAAGCAAAGUGCAUCUUCCUUUUUAUCAGAAUUGUCAACCUGGAGGUCGGUCCCCAUUGGUCCUUCAAGGGAAUGGCGGGAGUACCGAGAAGCCAGCCUAGGAGACCUCCAGCGAGGGAGCUGCGGAACGUUGCACUGUCAGUUGUGCUUUGCUUCGCCGUACGGAGCGUAGUCGCCGGCGCGCACGGCCAGCAUGAGCAUCUAUCUCGUCGACAAACCUUCUCUCAGUGUAAAUACGAUGUCGACUGUAUUCCGAAUGCGUUUUGCCGGAACCAGCAGACGUGCUCGUGCAAAGACGAUUACAUCGAGUUCAGGAGUAACAAUAACUACAAAUGUCUAAGAGUGGCCACUCGCAUCGGCGAUCCCUGCGAGGAGGACGUCCAGUGUGAGUACACGUUUACCCCGCAAUCGGAAUGUCGAGAAGGCGCUUGUCAGUGCGCCCACGAUUCCCACUUCACGAACGGGAGGUGUUACGAGUCCGUCGGUUUGGGAAAACGUUGUCGCUCGAAUCGCAAUUGUCAUAUCAAGAAUACCUUUUGCGAAUACGGUUUCUGCACUUGCGGUUUGCGUCAUCAUGCGAAUCCUGACAAUACCAGCUGCGUCCCGAGUGCCAAGUUGGGUGAGCACUGCAACAGCGAUGACGAAUGCAUCGUGGAGAAUUCAAAGUGUAUGCACGACAGAUGCGACUGCAAAGUGGACUACGUGCUGGCCAAGGGCGAGCAGCGGUGUUUGAAAGUCGCUUCCUGGAUCGGCGAGAAGUGCGAGCAGCAGUCCCAGUGCCAACUGUUCCUGAAGCAUAGCCAAUGCGGCACGAACAAGACGUGUGAUUGCGUCCCCGGUUCUCACAGACGUGGUCAUCGAUGCUUCGUCGACGUAGAACUGGGCGGCCGUUGUGAAACUCACCAUCACUGCAUUACGACAACGUUGAGAGACUCCAACUCGACCUGGAAGUCAAAAGUGGAUUGUGUUGAUGGAUUUUGCACGUGCAAUGAAGAUUAUACAUUAAUGGAGGAGCUGCAGGAUUGUGUUCAAUUCAGUGAUAAUGGUGCAACGAGAUGGCAGGUAUACAGAAUAUUUCCUAUCAUCGUAAUCAUCGCGAGAUUUUUUUUGCGCUAAAGAUGAUAAUGAUUUGUGUUUAGCAGCAUAAGACUUCGAUUUAUUAGAAUAUUUAAAAAUAAAAAAGUUGGUAAUUUAUGCAAUCUAGAUACGUAUCAUCGUAUUUAUCACCAUAUUUAUUUACAUUGUUAUUUAAAUUAAAACACUUAACUAAUGUAAAUUUGUUAUACUUUAACUAGCAGCUAUAAAUAGCCAAAGAGAAUCAACGUUCUUUUUCCCAGGAAAGCGACAAACCUAUUAAAUUAUUAAUAACAUUGUUUUUUCUUUUUCAAUCAAGUGCACAUAUAACGCGAAAUCAUACCCUAUUCAUAUUUAUAUUUAUACGCGAGCUGGCCAGUUAUGAGUAUCCAAGAUUAUUGAAUCUUAUUAUAGAAAUGACCGGACUGAUCGAGUUCUUAUUAAACUUUAUAAUCGAUCGAGCUUAGGUUUAAUUUAUAUUACAAAAAUGUUGUUGUUUUUUGUUCUGUGAGCCUUAUAAAUAAAGAUAUCAUAAAGAAAA